AUGGCGGCGUCCCUCCUUGCGUCCACGCUCUACCUGCUCUCCUCGCUCAUCUCCGCCAUCCUCUUCUCCCCCCACUCUCCCCCGCUCCUCCUCGCGCUCCCGGGGGAAGUGCGCCGGAUCUUCCUCCCCGCGCUUGUCCCGUCCGCAAUUGACCGCGCUGGCGCCAGUAGCGGGUGGGUGUGGGGAAGGCAGCGCCUGGGUCUUCCGUCUUUCAUCCUUGCAGCAGAUGGCGCCAAACUCGUCCUCUCCUCCAUGUCCCAUCUCACUCGUCUCUUUCCCCUUUCUUCGUUCCUCUAUUUCCCCUCAACCGCAGCCCAGCCGUCCCUCCGCAUGGUUCCACCUGCUCACUCCGACCUCCCUGCUGAGGCUCUACUGGGGAAGGCUGUAUCUGGCGCCGCGCAUAGCGGCCGCGGGGCAGGGGUUGUUCUCCCUUCCGUUGAUGUGAGUGUUGGGGGAAAGAGGGAGGAGGAGCAGGAGCAGGCACAGGGGCAGGGGCAGGCAGAGCUGCAGCAACAGGAGGAGGGGGGGUUGGUGAGGGAUGAGGAGGAGUGGAAUGCGGCAGUGGAGAAAGCAGUGGAGGAGGCAGUUUCAGACGCUUUUUCCCGUGCCCAGUUCCUGCUCGCCUCACUUGAUUCCAUGCGCCGGGCAGCUCGGGCAGCGCAGAAAGCUUUUUCUGGCCGGAGCUUUGUUGCCCUGGUGGAGGAGGAAAUGAUUUUGCGUUUCGGGGGGGAGGAGGGGGAGGGUGAAGGUGUGGAAGGGAUUGGUGAGGUGGAGGGGGGUGGGAAGAGGGGUGACAAGGGGUUGAUGGGCAUUGAGGUGGGUGUAGGGGGGAGAGUGGGUGAGGAGGCAAGACGGAGGGCGGAAGCAGUGGUAAGAACGGUGGUGGUGAUGAUGGGUGAGCGGGGGGGGGAGUGUGUGGAAAGCACUAGGAUGGGUGCAGAAUGGGAGGAAGGGGAAGGAGAGGAAGGAGAGGAGGCAGAGGAGGGAGAGGAGGAACAUGAGGGGGCUAGUGAUGGGGCUACUGGUAGGCGCUUCAGGUUUGCAAAGAGGCUAAAGGGAUUGGGAGAUACGGCACGAGACAAGGUGUGGGACAUGGCGGAUUCUUUUCUCUCUCGCUUGUGGGCUGCCGGGCAGAAAGUGGUCAGCACGGAAGAGUUUCUUGCUGCCCGGGCGAGGUAUGCUGGUGCCCGGGUGAAAGAUGCUGGACAACGUGUUUUCGAUCGUGUGGUGGAGAGCGGCCGGGCAGCCAGGGAAGAUGCGGAGGCUGCCCGAGAUGCUGUGAUCGCAACCGGUCGGGCAGCGAAAGAAAAGGUAGAGGCAGUUUGGGAAAAAGCCUAUGGGGCCGGGCAGGCUGCUGUGGACACAACCGUGGGAUUUUGUGCCAGGGCAGUGGAGUUCGGGCAGGAAGCAAUUGACAGGUGCAAGCAGGCUGGGCAAACUGUGUGGGAGGGCGGAAGAAAAACAGUCGGAGCAGUGGAAGGGGGAGUGAAGGGCGCAGUGAAGGGAGUGAGGGAGGUGGUGGAGGGGGUAGAGGAGAUGGUAGUGGACGUGAGUGAGAGAGUGAAGGGGGUGGGGAGGUGUGUGGUGGAGGAGGGGUUUCAGCCACACACUCAUGGGCAUGAAGAGGCAGGAGUGCCACCCACCCCUGCAGCACCCACGGCCUUCCUUGGUCCUGUGUAUGACGUAGCCACAGAGGCUGUACGCAUGGAGCAUGGGGGGGAGGGGGAGAAGGUGGGAGAAGGGGUGGGGGAAGGUGUGGUGGGGCAGGUGGGGAGCGCAAAGGGUCGUGUGGAGGAAGGUGCGGAGAAGUUGCGGGGCGAGGCGAAGGAAGGUGCAGGGAAAAUCCGAGAGAAGGUCAAGGAAGAUGCUGAAAAAAUCCCAGAGAAGGUGAAAGAAGGUGUGGAGCUAGCAUGGGAGGAGGCGAGGGAGAGAGCUGGCAAGAUGGGAGAGGAAGUGCAGGAAGGUGCUGAGAAAGUGUGGAUGGAGGCAAGGGAGAAAGGUGGCAGGGUGGGAGAGCAGGUGAAGGAAGGUGCAGGAAAGGUGUGGGAAGAGGCGAGGGAAGAGGGCAGCAGGGUGGGUGGGAAGAUGAGGGAGAAAGCUGAGGAGGGAUGGGAAGCAGUGGAGGGCGUUGGGGAGAAGUUGAGGGAGGGGGUGAUGAGGGAGGGUGGACGCGAGAGGGACGAAGGCGAGAUGGGGGAUGGGGUGUGGAUGGAGCUGCAGGGAGUGCGGUUCUUCCAGCCUGUACGGGAGGCAGUGCGUCCUAACAAGGCAGGCGGCAAAGAGACAGCAGCAGGGGCAGCAGAGGGGGCAGAAGAUGCAGAGGGAGCAGAGAAGCGGGAGCAGGGGCAGCAAUGGGAGCAUUGGGAGAGGGUGAACCUGCCCUUCCCCGCCAGUGCUCUCAUGUCCCACCUGCCUCUCUGGUUCCAACGCCUCAUGCUGCCCAUCCCCCUCCUCUCCCACCUCUCCUCCCUCCCCUCCUCCCCUCCUCUCCUCGUUCCUGCUCUCAUCCGCACAGCCCACCUCGCUGCUUUCUCACUCGCCUAUACGCUCACUCUCGUCCUCACCUUCCUGCCCAUCGGGCAGCUCCGAAAUGUUUUCUCGCCUUCUCCUGCCCAGUUGGGUUCGAUGGUCGAGCGGGCGGUUCUGAGGGUGCUCUUUGCCACGUCAGGGCUCUGCCUUCUCUCCCUCUCCCUCGCACACUCCCGCAAUCCCCUCUCCCCCUUCCUCCCUUCUCCGUCGCCUCACCUUGGCCCUGCGCGGGGAGAAGGAGGGGAAGAUGGGGAGAGUGGCGAAGGAGAGGGGGAAGCGCGGGCGGAGGGGGCAGGGGGGAUGGGAGGGGGGGUGGCGGAGUGGGGGGGUGAGUUGCAGCUGUGGCUGCUGGCGGCAGCAACGGUGUUGGCAGCACUGCUGGCACUGAUUCUGCAACCGCUGCUGACCAAUAGCAUGGACGAAGCAGCAGCGGUCGCUCGUGGCCCCUCCUCUCCGACGCCUCCCCAGAAGCGCCCCCGCUCCUCCUGGCGUCUGCGCCGCCACUAUGCACUGCAUGCCACCGCACCAGCAGCACCAGGAACCCCUCCACCUCCGGCUACUACUUCUGCGGAACACACCGGUGAAGCGCUUAUUCCUCCUGCUGCUUCGUUUGCCGAAGCUACUGCUGCAGUCGCCUCUUCUUUCGUUGCAGAAGAAGCAGUACAAGAGCUGGCCACUGCUGUUGCUGCAAGGCCAGCACAGGAAUUAGAGGGAGUUGAAGGGAUGGAAAGGGAGGGGUUGGAAGGGGAUGCAGGGGAGAGGAUGAGUGGGCAGCAGCAGCUGCUGAUGCAGCAGUCGCAGCAGCAUCUGCAGUGGCGGGUGCGAGUGCUGACUGUGCUCAAGAGCGUGGCGACCCAUGCCUUGCUGGCGGUGCUGACGUGGCACCUGUGGCACCUGGCGUGUCGUGUGCUCGUGUAG